AUGGUAGUCAUUGGUCGAAUAUUACACUUACUAGUCUUAUUUAGAGCUUCAGCAUGCUUCACUAGCGAGCCACAGGAAAUUUCGACAAGUUCUUCCGCUGGCCAGUCAGAAUUAUCGUCAUUUCUUUCAAAGGAAAGUCGCGGCACUUCAACAACGCAGCAAAGCAGCGCGGAGGUACCUCAAACACAAUAUGAUCAGCACAGUGUGAGCACAGUCAGUGUAACCAGCUCAGGGAACUUUACCCAAACUUCAAGUUCACUUGACAAAGAUACCUACAUUGAAAAUAGCGCAUACUCCCCUCCUGAUGAAUCAGGAAGCGCAUCCCGUUCAUUACAAGGGACGAAGAGUUCAUUGGUUGCCAUAGCUGAAGCACAAGAGUCCGAUUUCAACGAGACAGAUACUACGUUUUUAUCCUUUGAUGAGUGGAAAAAAGAGAAACUAGGUGAAGAAUCCCUGCAGAAGGCAAAGCCUCCCGCAAGGGUAAAUAGGCCGGUAGAUUCGUCGGUUUACAAAGGCGAAGCAAUGGGAGACGACUUCGAGAUAGAUGUUGGUCUCUUUACGUCAUCGAAGCAGGACUUGAAUGAGGAACCCGAAGGAAAGCUUUAUAAAGACAAAUUCAAUUACGCGUCUUUAGAUUGUGCGGCCACUAUAGUGAAAACGAAUUCCGAGGCAUCGGGCGCGAAUGCCGUAUUACACGAAAACAAGGACAAGUAUUUGCUGACGCCAUGCUCUGCUUCAAACAAAUUUGUGGUAAUUGAGCUGUGCCAAGAUAUUCUGGUGGAGGAGAUAGUUAUGGCAAAUUAUGAAUUCUUUUCGUCAACCUUCAGUAAAGUGCGUUUCUCAGUCUCAAACAGCUAUCCCCCCAAAAAUGGUUGGAAGGUUUUGGGAGAGUUCGAUGCCGCUAACACCCGCAAUCUGCAAAAAUUUGGAAUUUCAAAUCCUCUUAUUUGGGCUAGAUAUUUACGUGUCGAGGUUCUUGCUCACCACGGUAACGAGUUCUAUUGCCCAAUUUCUGUUAUUAGAGUACACGGUAAAACAAUGAUGGAUGAUUUCAAGCUGGACGAAUCAAAUUCUUUGUACUCAGAAGAUGCCGUGGAACAAGCCAGUCCCGAGGGCCAGCUGAAAGAAUGCCGUCAAGAGAAACUUGCGCCUCAUAAUUUGAGCGAAUCUAUGUUACGCGAGUGUCAGUUUCCACAAUUUCCGCAGGCGGAUAACGUUAGUAUAUUGUCAAAGUUGGAUUUCUUGAGCACACAGUGUCCAGCCGUUUUGCCGCAUUUAAAAUUUGACCAGUUUCUCAAGGACAUCAAUCAGAGUGUGUGCGACACAAAGAUUCAUCAGCCUCAGCUAGAUAUAUCAACCUCGGCACCUUCUUCCUCUACUGAAGAAUCAAUCUUUAAAACAAUUAUGAAAAGAUUGACUCUUCUGGAAAGCAAUUCUACGUUGUCUUUGAGGUACAUCGAGGAGCAAAGUAUGUUACUUUCGAAAGCUUUCGCUAGCCUUGAAAGAAACCAAGCAAAAAAAUUCCAGUCCUUGGUCCAAGCGUUCAACCAAACCAUAGUCUCUAACCUAGGCGAUAUCAACUUCUUCACACAGCAGCUCCGGGAAUCUUCGAUCAAGUUACUGGAGGAGCAAAAGCUUGCAAAUGACCAGUUCACAUCUGAAACCUUCCAUAGGUUAGAGAGCAUGAAAAAAGAUGCAAUUUUUCAGCGCCGAUUGUCUUACACCAUGCUUUUCGCAUUUGUGAUCCUCCUUGUAUAUGUGCUACUAACCAAAGAGGCAUACAUUGAUGAGUAUAUGGAAGACGAUGGAUGGUACUUGAAUUCACCGCCACUUAAGAAAUUCAAAGAUAACUUCCUGCGAAGGGCAGGUAAAAGCACCGACGAUAGAAGGUCAUUAGUUUUCUGCACUUCGCGGGACUACUCAGAAAACGAUGAGAAAUCAGACGUUUCUGCUUCAACAUCAUCUGCUUCAUUGUACGACGAAUUCGCGACCAAAGUUGCUCAUGAAAUGGAUGGAAACGUACUUUCUUACCGAAAACCCACUACUAGCCUUGAGGAAGAGGAUAUAGAUAUUGACGAGGCCCUGUCAGAAGGCUCGAGCCGGUAA